GUCCUGAACGCAGCGCUCCUCUGUGCGUGUGUGUGAGUGUGUGUGUGAGUGCGCGCUGCAGAGGAAGUGGCGGCUGAUCUCGGUCCGCACCUUUCCGGUAACAGCCCCGCCACCGCUGUGCCUGACUGAACGGCUGGAGACACGGAGGGAGGAAGACGAAUCGAGAGCGGCAAGAGUGGGGGAGAAACGGCCCGGGGGACUGGGGAAUGGUCGCCGCAGACGCAGGGGGAAGGAAGAGAAGAAAGUCGGAUGAAUCAAUGACCUUUUGAGCGGUUCCUCCUGUGGAUACCCCGGUACCGAAGCGGACUCGGAAGGCUUCGAAUCGUCGCCGCCGGUUUGCGAAGAAAAUCGGCGUGCUUCGAAAUCCGCCGAGAGAGGAGGGGGGGAACAAGCUAAGUGCGGACAGCCGGCCGCCAAGAAGGAAGUGGGAUCCCCCGGCUUGGCCUGGGCCUGAUUUAUAUUGUCCUCUUUAGGUUGAAAGAACUCCUCCAGCCGGACUCUGCUCGGCCACCUGGGAGGGGAAAAAAAAGGACCUUGCAAACCGAGUCGACCAAGACUUGUGUUGGUUUUGGGAGGGAGCGUGUGGUCUAAGCUGACUUUGAGAGAAGGGAAUGUCAUUUUUCUUCUCACAUUGGAGGGCAGUGGAUCAUAAAAAUAUAUCCCCACCCAAAUCUACAAAUGCACCCCAUGAAGUCCCUCUGACUCCUCAGGCCAGAUUACCUCAAUCCAGCUAAUUGUACUGUAACGCUGCUGCCAGCUCUCAGAUUUUUUUUUUUUUUUUGACACUGGUGUCAACCCACUGUUGUCACGUGUGCAGCUUCACGUUGAACCCGGCCUUCUCUGUUGAUCCCGAAAACAAGCAUUGGCUCUAGUUAGGAGUUUCCCUUCUUCUUCUUCUAACAAAGUAUUUAUGCACAGUAAACAAGAUGGGGAAGAUGCUGUCAAAGAUCUUUGGCAACAAGGAGAUGAGAAUAUUGAUGCUUGGACUUGACGCUGCCGGGAAAACCACCAUCCUGUACAAGCUGAAACUGGGACAGUCGGUCACCACCAUCCCCACGGUGGGCUUCAACGUGGAGACCGUCACCUACAAGAACGUCAAGUUCAACGUGUGGGACGUGGGCGGCCAGGACAAGAUCCGGCCCCUCUGGAGACAUUACUACACGGGCACGCAGGGCCUGAUCUUUGUGGUGGACUGCGCCGACAGGGACCGGAUCGACGAGGCCAGGCAGGAGCUCCACCGGAUCAUCAACGACCGGGAGAUGAGGGACGCCAUCAUCCUGAUCUUCGCCAACAAGCAGGACCUGCCGGACGCCAUGAAGCCCCACGAGAUCCAGGAGAAGCUGGGCCUGACCCGGAUCCGGGAUAGGAAUUGGUACGUUCAGCCCUCGUGCGCGACGACAGGGGAUGGACUAUACGAGGGCCUGACCUGGCUUACCUCAAAUUACAAAUCCUAAUGUUUCCUCCCACCCACCCACCAGCUUGGACGUUUCGAGACACACAUACACACACACACAUGCACACACACACACACACAGAAAAGUAGCAGAGAAUUAAAAAAAAACAAGGAUGCAAUUUGAAGCAAUUAAUUAAAUUCAGUGAUCUCUUUGCUUAAUGUGUAUUAAAGAGAGUCAUGAUUUACUUAUUGGUUUAUUUUUCUUUAUGACAUUUCACUUUAAUCCCAAAUUUUCAGUUAAGCCAACAAAAAAAAAGAAAGUGUUUUUCUUCUGUUUUAGUUUUCUUUAGUUCUCGAUCUGUGUAAUCAGUUCUGUUAAUCUACACAUCUUACUUUUGUGCUUUUUACUGCAUUUUGCUUUCGUUUCCCCAUUAUUGUAACGUUUCUUUUGAAGGGGGGGGGGGCGCACCUGAGUGGUGCCGCUCCCCUCUCCAACCCCCUCACACUUAGUUCUCGUCCUGCUCUCUCGCAACCCAGCUACAUAUCCAAAGGAUGGGGGGGGAAAAGCCCAGAAACCGUUUCCUAGAUCAGCAUAUCACUUUUGAAGACUCUGGGGAGGGAAAAAAAACCCACCUCUGUUUUCUGUCAGAAUGUGCUCUAUGGGUGUGUUAUUAGGACCUUUUAAAAAGUUCAACUGAUUGUACUGGGAUGAAUGAGAUCUGUGCAGUGGUUCCAUCCAUGAUAAUGUCUAACGUGGACGCUGGAUAUUCACACUGUGAUAUGGAUAUAUACAUUUAUAUUUUUAAGUUUUUUUUCAGGGGGGGGGUGUUGUUUCAGGGUCACAAUCUGUUACCGACUAGUCUCGUUUCUCUCAGAGCUUCCAUUGAGUGUUUUUGUAGUUUUCAGCUGCCUUAGUCCGGACCAGGGUUGCAGGUGUCGACCUCCCCACCCCUCCACAUCCUCCAAUCCUCCCCGAAACUGAGACAGUCGCAACAGCGAAGGGUAUUCUCAGCCUCUUGAGUUUGCACUUUGAAUGGGAGAAGGGAGGGGAGGGGGGUUGAGCAACUUGCUGGUAGUGCAUACUUUUUUUUUUUUUGGAUUUUUCUUGAACUGACUUUUGGACUCCAGCGAGGUUUACAAAGUUCCCAACUCCCCCACCACCCCGCCGCCUCCAAAACAGGUGCUUCUUUAUUAUUUUUUUCAAAAUUUUUGGGUUGUUCUUUUUUUUGUUGUUGUUUUAAAGAUCACCAGCCCGUUUUACGCCCUGCAGUCGAUUCUGUUAAAAGUUUAAAACCAUAUUGCUGUUUAAUUCUCUCUCUUUCUCUCUCUCUCCCCCCAGUACCUUUUUUUGUUUGUUUUUGUUUUUCUUAUGCUAUGCUGUUGAAAUAAUAAAAGAAAUAUAUAUCCAGAUCAA